AUUUCGGAUGAAGCGGGCAUCAUCACAUCAACUGAUGAGCUGACGUUGUUUCUAAAAGCGAGGCUAUUGCCAGUUUUUUCUUUCCUUUCUCAAUAACUACCUAUUCUACCUAAGUCUCUCUUUCUUUACUUCUCUUAACUAACACCUUUCUACCUACGAACACGAUUUUGUUAGGAGACUCAGUUGGAGAUUGGUAAUCUUGAAUUCUACAACUUUUGUGUCUCCAAAAGCCAGUCUGCGCAUAAAGUUAGAUUCCCUCGGGAUUAAAUGUCAAGAUGGCCUACAUACUAUAUACAACCGUCUUCAUAUUCCUCGUUAUCUCUACUAGUAAGUUUUUCACCCUCAGAGCUACUUUCCAUUGUCGGAAUAGUUGGGUCAUUGAAUGGCUUGGAGACAACCGGUUGCUAACACCUUUCCUAGUCGCAUUCAUAACCCGAGAUCGCUGGUCUCCCUACAUCCCCGAGCAUCUUCUCGAGCGUCUCCCAAGAUUCAUGUACACACCCUAUCAUGCUCUCCCUCAUUCCUUCGAAAACGAUAUUGAAUCUGGAUUAUCAUCUUCGAAUUUCAAUAUUUCCCAGAAUCUAUUAGAUUCAGACCCGAGAAAUGGACUUUCGGAUAAUGGAAAAAGGGAGAUUCAAAUGAUCAUGAAGAAAAAGAAGGUCAAUUUCGAUGAGGCGAGAAGAUUAUGGAUGCAGGAAACUUUCAAGAAGGAAAAUAUUGGCCCGGAUGGAAGACCCAGAGAUCCGAAGUUUGUGAGCUUUUCGUGAGGAGAGGGAGAAAUAGGUACAUUUCUUCGACGUAGAAUUCUUUGGUGAAACGAGGUAAUGCGGAGCAUGGUAGUGUCGAUGCCUUUCUUCGCAGCUCAGAUGCACAGAAAUUCGAAGAUUAUAGAUUUGGAAGAAGAAAGGCAACAUAAGAUGAAACGGGAAUUGGAUUGGAAUACGGAUUAGCGAGAUAUACCCAGGUGGGUGGGGCAGGACAGGAAUCGAAUUGAUUUGGACGGGACAAGGGGUUUUUGGAUUUGAAAGGAGGGGAAGAGGUUCUAAUAUUUCAGCGAUGGGCCUGAAUUGGGCACCGGAUUUGUUCAAGCAAGUAGAGCAUGGCGUUUAGGGAUUUGAUUCCAGGACAUAAUUAUCCGAGAACUUGGUACUGGGUACUGGUUCUCUGGUGCAAACUUUCCUUUCACACCUACACUCUUUUUUUCCUUGAGUCUUUUCAUUUGUCAAUAUCAAUAUCAAUAUUUGUAAGAAGAGGAUAUAACACAUAGGCGUG